AUGAGUCAAGGUAACCCUUGGUAUGAACCAGGACUUGCGACUCAUCAUUCUAAAAGACCUGCCCCACGUGUUGCCCCACGUGCUACCCACGUGCUGUCUCAUGUGCUGUUUCACGUGCUGUCUCAUGUGCUGUUUCACGUGCUGUCUCAUGUGCUGCCCACGUGCUGUCUCAUGUGCCCCAUGCGCUGCUGCCAUGUCUGUCUCUCCUCCCCACCAACACAGGUGCAACAGCCAGACCUGGCUGGCGUGUCUCACGUGAUGGUGGACGAGAUACACGAGCGGGGAAUGAACGAGGACUUCCUUCUCAUCAUCCUCAGAGAUCUGCUUCUCUACCUUGUGUGCUGCCCUAUUUCUCCCUCCUCCCUGCAGGUCCAACAACCAGACCUGGCAGGCGUGUCCCACGUGAUGGUGGACGAGAUACACGAGCGAGGAAUGAACGAGGACUUCCUUCUCAUCAUCUUGAGGGAUCUUCUGCCGCGCCGCCCCGACCUGCGCCUCGUGCUCAUGAGCGCCACAAUCAACGCCGAACUCUUCUCUGAUUACUUCAAUAAAGCUCCCAUGGCGCACAUCCCAGGGUUCACACAUCCGGUGCAGCAACUAUUCCUGGAACAUGACGUGGACGUGUGGUCAUCCUGGGUGGGCACUUCUCUGCCUUCUCCCGACCCACGACUCCCUCGCCAACAUCUACCUAGUGGCAUCUGUCGUGGAGCAUAUGCAGGAGUGCUAUUCCUCUCUCCACCCCUCUCUACCUGUCUCCACCCCCCAUCCAUGUACACGUUUUUCUUGGCAGGCUGUGGACGUGUGGUCUCACUACUCUGCUUUCACCCGGACCACUCAAGAAUCCCUUUACAACUUCUCACCAGACAAGCUAGACAUCGAUCUAGUGGCAUCCGUGGUGGAGCAUAUCUGCAGUGCCACCCCUCUCCACCCCUUUCCACCCCUUUCCACCCCGUUCCACCUGUCUGCACCCCUCUGCACCCCUCUACAUCCCUGGCAUGGCAGGAUGUGGACAUAUGGUCGCACUACUCUGCCUUCUCUUGGCCCACCCAAGACUCUCUCACCAACUUCUCUUCAGACAAGCUAGACAUUGAUCUAGUGGCAUCCGUGGUGGAGCAUAUAUGGAGUGCCACCCCUCUCCACCCCUCUACAUCCCUGGCAUGGCAGGAUGUGGACAUAUGGUCGCACUACUCUGCCUUCACCCGCCCCACCCAGGACUCGCUCGCCAACUUCUCACCAGACAAGCUAGACAUUGAUCUAGUGGCAUUCGUGGUGGAGCAUAUCUGCAGGAACGAGGCUGAGGGGGCCGUGCUGGUCUUUCUGACGGGCUGGGACGAAAUUUCGAAGCUUCUGGAGGCGCUCAAGGCGAUGCCUGUCGCUGGGCAGCCGUCGAAAGUUUUGCUGCUGCCCCUGCAUGGGUCCAUGCCAACGAUUCAACAGAAGGACAUAUUCAACCGCCCGCCUCCCGGAAUCAGAAAGGUGGUUCUGGCGACCAGCAUAGCGGAGACGAGCAUCACCAUCGACGAUGUGGUUUUCGUUGUCGACUGCGGAAAGGUGGCCUUCCUCAUCUACUCUUUCCUUUGUUGCUUCUGCUCCUUCCCUCCUCUCUUUCCCCUCGCCAGGAAGGUGCAGAACGCGGUGCAGAACGCGGUGCAGCUGUUAGAGACCAUCGGAGCAUUCACGCCCGACGAGCAACUCCCCUCUCUGGUCUGGGGUGCCUUCCCUUGCUGCAACAUUUCAUGUAAAUCACAUCCCCUCCCCCCCUGCUCGCUCAACCCGUGCCCUCUCAGGUGCAGAACGCGGUGCAGCUGUUGGAAACAAUUGGAGCAUUCACUUGACGAGCAACUCCCCUCCCUCAGUUGUCAUCUCCCCAAUCCCCUUCCCCUCAUUCCUACCCAACCCCUCUCAGGUGCAGAACGCGGUGCAGCUGUGCAGAACGCGGUGCAGCUGCUGGAGACCAUUGGAGCAUUCACCCCCGACGAGCAACUCACCCCCCUUGGAUGCCACCUGGCUGCCAUUCCUGUGGAGCCCCGGAUUGGAAAGAUGCUCAUAUUCGGAGCCAUUUUCAACUGCCUCGCCCCAGCGCUCACCAUCGCUGCUUCUCUCGCCUAUCGGGACCCCUUUGUCCUUCCUCUCGAGAAGAAGGAGCUGGCAGAUGCAGCCAAGAAGGAGUUCUCAAAGGACUCGAGGAGCGACCACAUCACAUUGCUGAACGCGUUUGAGGGGUGGCGAGCAGCGAAGCAGCAAGGCCUGGAGCGCCCCUUCUGCUGGGAUAACUUCUUAUCGGCGCCAGUGCUGCAGAUGGUGGCGGACAUGCGAGGGCAGUUCCUGCAGCUGCUGAGCGAUAUCGGGUUCUACGACCCGAGACUGGGGCUCCAUGAGUACAGCAAGCUGGCAUCGGACCAAGAGAUGCUCUCGGCUGUGAUCUGUGCGGGCCUCUACCCCUCUGUUGCUCAGGUGAAGGUCUCUGUUGCUCAGGUGAGGUUCUCUGUUGCUCAGGUGGGGGGCUAUGUUGGUCAGGUGGGGGGCUAUGUUGCUCAGGUGGGGGUCUCUGUUGCUCAGGUGGGGGUCUCUGUUGCUCAGGUGGGUGUCUCUGUUGCUCAGGUGGGUGUCUCUGUUGCUCAGAUUCGCCGGCAGGGCACGCGGUUUGUGUUCUUCACAAAGGACGAUGGACACGUGAAGAUGCACCCUUCCUCAGUCAACGCCUUCUGCCCCUCCUUCUCCCGCCCCUGGCUCGUGUACAACGAGAAGGUUAAGACGUCCGACAUCUUCCUCAGGGAUUCCACCAUGGUCUCUGAUUUCGCCCUCCUCAUGUUCGGAGGCAAUUUCGAGCCCGCCCCUGCCGGCCGCACGGGCUUUGACAUGCUGGGGGGUUACCUACACUUCAGCGCAUCUGCUCAGACUGCUCAACUUGUGCAGGACCUGAGGCAGCAGCUGGAUGGGCUACUGAGGGAGAAGAUCGAGAACCCAUCCCUGGACGUGCAUGCACAGGGGGAGAGGGUCGUGGCAGCAGUGCGUAGCCUCCUCUCCUCCCCUCAUGCGAAUUCGGUCCCCCCUGAGGAGGCUGGAGGUGGGGGAGGAGGGGCGAGGGGGGGUGGGAGAGGAGGGGGAAGGCAUGGGCGCCACCCUUCCAGCAGUGACUCCUAG